ACGAUUAUUUGAUUGCAGCUCUGAAUUUCCGGAGUCGCUGUGUGGUUUUUCGUGCGCCAGUCUUUUCUAAAUUUCUACAAAACCUAAUUCAGAAUUAAUCAUAAGAGCGCGAUGUCCGUUUCAAAGGUGACACGAAAAAGAUCAACCAAAGACAGGCUGGUGCCAUCGGAGCUUGGAGAACUCUCGGUGUUCAUUUGCUCCCCGUCGUACCAUUACCGGAUGAAUGCUGCCGACAAGGAAAAAAAUCUAGUACGGCUUAACAUUUCAUCCGUGGCGCAAUUGAAGGCGAAGCUAUGCCGCCCAGUCAAAACUAAGCCGCCAAUUACGUCGACUCCAAAGCGUCGGUAUAACGCACGAAAGAAGCCGCAAGCUGCUGCUGGUGCUCCUGCUGGUGCUGGUGCCAAGAGAAGCGGCGCUCGACCUGUAAAAACGUCCAGAAGCUUACCAAAAUCGGUGCCCAUAAACAAGGAGAAAUCGGUUGAGCAGCUGACAAAUGUUUCCAAUCAACUGGAAUAUCAAGAAGGCUCAACCAACAUGAAGACAUACGCCAAUGACGACCGUGCUGGUGCCGGGAUGGGUGUGGUCCAGCCGACUGGGCUUUCCGAAACAGACAUCGAGGCCACCGUGCCAGCUUGGGAAGUGUGCACCGACGGGCAGCUCCGCGAUAAUACGAGCGAUAUGGAAGAGGCUGAACCUAACUACGACUUGAUUCUACGCGAACUGAAAGCAAAAUUGCUUUUGCUGUUAGCUGAUUUGAAAUCGUCUAAAGGCUCAACAUAAUAUGCGUAUCAUCAUAUUAUAAGUGAUAUACAUACAUAUCAGGUGCGGAACACGCUGGAUUAUUUUUUUACCGGACUCACUGAAUAUCUCCAUUUAUUUUCAUACUAAUUUUUCAUUUAAAUCUUAAGCCAAAUAUCAAUAACCGAUUCAGAUAUCGAAUUUAAGUAAUAUUUUUUGCAACACUCAUGUCUCAAAGAUCUCUAAGCCCAGUGGCCAGUAGUAGUAUGUUUAGUAAAGUCCUAUUAGGACGAUUCGUUGUGUAAGAAUAAUAGUUCUGUGCGACUAAUCAAAUGAAAAAAAAUACAAGAAAACAUUAAAUUCUGUGCCUAAAAAAAAAACCGUUAUCACGAUGCCUAAUAAUUUGUAUUAAUGGUAUUUGUAAAUCAAUUGCCAGUGCGAGCCAUUUGUGAGCAAUUAUUUAUUUAUGGCUAUAAAUAUUCUCCACUCGGAAAUUUGCAUGUGGAACGCGCUCCUCCUCGACUGGUCUCCACUGGCGGAUUUAAUCCAAAAGCAUGCAUUCAACGUUUUUGCUAUUGAAUUUUAAUUAAUUUUACAAAUAAUGGCUGCAACGGGGUAAAGAAAAAAAGCAACCACCAACAACCAACAAACAAACGAAUUAAUGUCAAACGAAAAUUAAGAAUUACAAAAUACAAAAAUGUACAAUUACCAGUGAAUCGAAAAAACUCAAAUUCCUAGUAUAUCUAUUUA